AUGGAUGUACGUUUUUAUCCAGCUGCUGCUGGCAACACUAUUCCUGGAGAUCCUUCCAACCUGGACCUUUCCCAAUGCUUGGGCUACUACAGCUACAACAAGUUUGCAGGGAACAACAACUACAUGAACAUGGCAGACCCAAGCCAUGCUUUUGCGACAAGUAAUGAGCAGACAUUCCACACUCCGAGCCUUGGGGACGAGGAGUUUGAGAUUCCACCCAUAACCCCACCGCCAGAAACAGACCCCACGCUGGGAUUAACAGAUGUGGUGUCAGCUUUUCAAGGCCUUAAUGAUCCAUUGCCCUCACAAGGAAAUGAAUUCACACCCCAUUUUCCCCCACAAAGCCUGGAACUGCCUUCCAUCACAAUAUCCAGAAGUAUUAUGGACCAAGAUGGUGGACUCCUCAGCAAUGGUUUAUCUGUGGACCUGGGCCAAGCGCAAGUUCCCCAGUAUCACCAUGAUCCGACCAUGGGUAUGAGGUCUGUUGUUCACAUGGCAGAUGUUAAUCAAACAGCAAUGAUGCAACAUAAUCAGCUGACCACUAUUAACCAAUCACAGCUGAGUGCACAACUGGGAUUGAAUUUAGGAGGUGGUAAUGUGCCCCAUAACUCACCCUCGCCCCCUGCCAGCAAGUCAGCAACCCCAUCUCCUUCUAGUUCGGUAAAUGAUGAUGAUGCAGAGGAAUUCAACAGGGUGAGUGUUGAGAAACGAGCAGCAGUGGAUUCAGGCAAAAAACCCAAGACACCAAAGAAGAAAAAGAAGAAAGACCCCAAUGAGCCCCAGAAACCUGUGUCAGCGUACGCUCUAUUCUUCAGGGACACACAAGCUGCCAUUAAAGGACAAAACCCCAAUGCUACCUUUGGAGAAGUUUCCAAAAUUGUAGCAUCCAUGUGGGACAGUUUAGGAGAGGAACAAAAACAGGUAUACAAAAGAAAAACAGAAGCCGCUAAAAAAGAAUAUCUAAAAGCACUUGCUGCGUACCGAGCUAGCCUUGUUUCAAAGGCUGCUGCAGAAUCAGCUGAAGCGCAGACCAUGCGUUCUGUUCAGCAGACUUUAGCAUCGACUAGUCUUUCAACUUCCCUUCUUAUGAAUCCAUCACUUUCCCAGCAUGCAUCUGUCUCAGCGUCAACCCAGACACUGCCAAGGGCAAUAGCCCCCAAACCAAUGAGGUUGCCCUUACAAGGCAAUCAGCUGGUGGCAUCCGUUACUAUAACACCAAACAUGUCAACAAAUAUUGCCACGCCCAUGGGGACCUCCAUAGUCCCCACUCCACCUUCACCCCAGCUAAGCCCUCCAUUGCAAACUCAGCAACACCAGAUACAACAGAUGCAACAACAUCAAUUGCAACACUUCCAGCAGCAUCAAAUGCAGCAACAAAUGCAACAGCAAAUGCAGCAUCAGCAAAUCCAGCAACAUCAGCACCAAAUGCAACAGCAUCAAAUGCAGCAGCAGCAGAUGCAUCAUCAAAUGCACCAACAGCAAAUUCAGCAGCAUAUGCAGCAGCAGCUACAGCAGCAGCUGCAGCAACAGCAGAUUCAGCAGCAGUUACAGCAAAUGCAGCUACAGCACAUGCAGAAACAGCAAAUCCAGCAGCUGCAACAGCAGCACCCACCUCAGCACUCGCCACCUCAGCAUUCCCCUGUUACCUCGCAGUCAGUGGUGGCCUCACAGAUUACUUCUCCAGUCCCCACACGAUCAAGUCCACAGCCAGCCCAGCAACAACAACAAUCUCCACUACAAACCCAGGCCCAGACCCAAGUAUUGCCACAGGUCAGUAACUUUUAAAAAUGAAAAUGUUCCAGCAAAACAAGGUUACGUGCCAUUUUAAGCUGACAUGACUAAUAUUCUAAAAUGGAUGAUAUUUGAUAGAUUGAUGAAUCUGGUGUAUUAAUGACCUCAGACUGUUUGUUAUAAAUAAAUAAAUAUGUACUUCAAGAUGCUUUUUGUCUUGUGGUAAACUGAUCCGAACAUGGAUUUUAAAAAAUCAAUUAUGCACAUUAUGUUGAUUAAAGUGUGAAGCUGAGCAUUUUAGCUCUGUUCUGUACAAUGUAUAAAAUACAUUUUCUACAAUGACACA